CCUUUGUUGCGGGGAGGUCCGGGCUCCUCCCUUUGGAAAACCAACGAGUCGCGCAGGGUCCCCACCUCUCCGCCAUCCGUGGGACUUUCUCCCAGCCAGCUCGGAUUUCCUUAGCGUUUUGCGGAAAGAGUAGCUCCGCCGGGUUGCGGGGCGGGGGGAGGUAGGGGCUAAACGCAGCCCGUCGCAGAAUCGCAGUUGGGAAACCGGGGAGAAGGUGACCACCCCGCAAACCGCAGCGCGCCCGGCCCCGACCACCCUCCAAAUAACCCCAAGUUUCGACCGACAGACCGAUCGCAUCCUCCUGCUUGGUCAACAUGGUCCCCUUUCUGUGGUUGGAAGCUUUCUGUAUUUCCCUGUUUUCCCAAGCAUUCCUGUCCCACUGUAUUCAGGAACUCCAUGCCAGCAAGGAGACGAUUAUGAAGAUUUCGGCAGCUAGUCAAUUGAUGCAGUGCUCAGCCGCUGUGGACAUCUUAUUUCUGUUGGAUGGCUCCUACAGUAUUGGGAAAGGGAGCUUUGAAACAGCCAAAUACUUUGUGGUUAAAUUGUGUGACGCCUUGGACAUCAAUCCAGAUAGGGUCCGAGUGGGAGCUGUUCAGUUCAGCGUGGCCUCGUGGCUCGAGUUUCCCCUGGAUUCAUGUUUAACCCGGCAGGAAGCAAAAGACAAAAUCAAGAAGAUUGUUUUCAGAGGUGGGAGCACAGAAACCGGCCUCGCUCUAAAAUACAUUCUCUGGAAAGGUUUUCCUGGGGGAAGAAAUGCCUCCGUACCCCAGAUUCUGAUCCUCAUCACCGACGGCAAGUCCCAAGGAAAUGUCACCGUGCCUGCUCAACAGCUGAAGGACAGGGGCAUCACGGUGUUUGCUGUGGGAGUCAGGUUUCCAAGAUGGGAGGAGCUACACUUACUGGCCAGUGAGCCAAAUGAGCAGCAUGUAUUGUUUGCAGAGGACGUGGAUGAUGCCUACAAUGGUUUGAUGAGCACCCUCACCAGCUCUACUGUCUGCAGUGCCGUGUCUCCAGGCUGCAAGAUUCAGUCUCACCAGUGUGAGCGUAAGACUCUAGAAACUGUGAAGGAGCUGGCUGGGAAUUAUAUGUGCUGGAGAGGAUCAGGGAGAGCAGAUACAGUGUUUUCAUUUCUCUGCCCAUUCUACAGUUGGAAGAAAGUUUUCAUAACUCACCCUACUGUUUGUUACAGAACCAUCUGUCCAGGUCCGUGUGAUUCUCAACCCUGCCAGAACGGAGGCACCUGUGUCCCAGAAGGUUUGAAUGCGUAUCAUUGUGUCUGCCCAGUGGGAUUUGGAGGGGAGGCCAACUGUGUUCCUAUGCUCAGCCUGGAGUGCAGCGUUGAUCUCCUCUUCCUUGUGGACAGUUCACAUGGCACCAGCCUGGAGGCAUUUCUGGAGUUGAAAUCUUUCCUGAAGUACUUCGUUCAGGCUGUUGUGAGCAGGGACUCCCCGACCAGGGUCGGAGUGUCCCAGUACAGCCAGGAGGUGGAAGUCCUCGUGCCGGUAGGAGAGCACUGGGACUCUGCUGACCUGGUGAAAGGCGUGGAGGCCCUGCGCCUCGGGGAAGGAGGCGCUCUGACCGGCUGGGCCCUGCGGCACGUCGCCCGGCCUGGCUUCUGGGAGGCUUCGAACCUCACCGACGUCUUCAACAAGCCGCGGGUCGUGGUCCUGUUCGCUGGCACUGGGUCGCAAGACCCUGUAUCCGAGGCGGCGAGAACCGCCCGAGACCAGGGCCUGUUCCUGAUCGCAGUGGGCCGUGAGGCCUUGGAAAUGGAGCUGCAGGAGAUUGCUGGCCACCCGAAGCGAACAAUAACCUACUCUGACCCCCAGAACCUCCUCGACAGAAUCACAGAACUUCAAAAGACAAUCUGUAGCCUCGACAGACAAGCCUGUCAGGUUCCAUCGCUGGAUCUUGUCUUCCUGGUGGACGCCUCGGCUGCAGUGGGAAGAGAGAAUUUCACCCACACGAGGAACUUUGUAAGAAGCAGCUCCCUGCGGUUUGACAUCAACCGCGACGUGACCCAGAUAGGGCUGGUGGUGUUUGGCCGCCAGAUCCGAACAGUGUUUGCCCUGGACACCCACCCGACCGGGUCGGGUGUCCUGGAGGCAGUCAGCCAGAUGCCAUUCGUUGGCGGGGUGGGCUCGGCCGGCACCGCCCUCCUGCAUGUAUACGAUGAGGUGAUGACUGUUCAGAAGGGAGCCCGGCCUGGGGUGAGCAAGGCGGUGGUCCUGAUUACAGACGGGACGGGAAUCGAAGACGCUGUCGUCCCGGCUCAGAAGCUCAGAAGCAACGGCGUGUCAGUGUUCGUGAUCAGGGUUGGGCCAUUUCAGAAGGAGGCCCUUCUCAGAAUUGCAGGGUCUCCCAGCUAUCUGGUCCAGGCCUCCUCCUACAAAGACCUCAAGAGCUAUGAAGACUCAUUCAUUGACAGAAUCUGUGAAGAGGCCAAGCAGCCAGUGAACCUGUGCAAGCCCAGUCCAUGCAUGAACGAUGGCGUCUGCAUUCUGUAUGACGGCAGUUAUCGGUGCGAGUGCAGAGGCUGGGAAGGGCCCCACUGCGAGAACAAGAUUUUAAGAGGUGACACUCCCGGGCCACAUGGUUUGCACCAACGGCAAGCGGGCUGGCGGCAGCUGUCUAGACCAAAGCACUUGCAGAAAAGGCACCCAUACCUGAGGAUCUGAACCAACAAAAACUGCUGGAUGGCUCCUGGUCACACAUGUUCCAUCCUGUGGAUUUUUGUCUCAAUGUCUUCUUCCAGCCAGUAGCCUCCAGAAGUCGGAUCUUGUCUGGUGCAAGCGUGAUUCACGGAGCCAGAGACCGAGCUGCGUGGAAACCCUGUGGCGGCAGAAUAAUUCUCCCGCAACCAGUGCCUUUUUACGAAACGUAUUCUGUAUGUAUAUAAAUUUAAGCACAUAUUUAUUGUUGGUAUCUAGAACACUCCUCAUCCAAAAUUCUGGGGAAGAUUUCAUGUCCCUCAUUGGUUAUCUGAAAGGAUCUCUCCGCAGGCUGGUGUUUUUGGACAGAUUUGUGGCUUUGUUAGAGGUCUGUGUAGGGCAGUCAGCCCUGUUAGAUUUUGGUGGUAGUUGUGGUGGUGUUGGGUGGGGAAGGGGAGGAAGGUUGCCCUCUGCCCCUCUCUUUUAUAUUUGUAAUGCUCUUUCCUUGCUUAGUGUCACUCUCUCUGGACACUGAACCUCUUGGCUAAGCAGGGAAUCAAGAAAUGGUCAUUUAAAGUAGAAGUGCUCCUUUCAUUGUGACAGCCCUCUCUGCAGGACAACUUUGAAUUGUCAAACCAAAAACAGCAGCCCUUAGACUCUGGAUUAGAAAAACAUGGAUUUUUCACCAAUGAGAUCAUUUGCAUAUUAGCCCACCCUGUUUAAAUAUGAAAAUCUUGACAGAAAAUAUACUAAACAAACAAACAUCCUAAUUGAAAACUAAUUUUUUCAUUGAUUCGGCCUUCCCCACCAGAGCUGUAGCUACUGGCAAAGCAAGACUAGGACCUCCACAUUCUUGAACAGUUUUGCAGUGAACACCUGGUGUGUUGACCACCUAGUGCCUUUACUACUGUUGAUACUUUGAGGGUUUCCUUUGCCAUUCUUUUUCCUCUUGUACUUUUAUUUAGGCAGGAAAUUCUUAAGACUACGUGAGGCAAAGAACUACAAAAAUAUAAAUCAAGAUGCUCAGGUGUGUUUUUAAGGAGAUAGUUUUUUUUUAAAAAAUGUAAAAGACAUAGAACUGUAGCAGGAAAUGGCUUGUGGGUGCCAAGCAGAGAUGGAGCCAGAACACAGUCCAUUUACUGGCUGAGAGUUUUAUCAAGGCCAACGUGACAAGGAAUAGGCUCACAGCACAUCAUUCUGCUUUCUUGGCUUCUUUGGCUUUGAGUUUUCCUUUGUGGCUGUCUUGUUGAGGACCUUCUUUCUAUGGAGGCCUCCAAAUUGCCCUCAGAACCUUGGGACAUGCAGCAAAGCCCUAAAGAUUUUUUUUAUUAAUUGGAGAUUACGAUAGAAGUUUUCCUUAAAAGGAAUUUUAAAAGCGCUUUUAAGUAAGGCCUAAGGGAAAACCGUUGGUUCAUCUGUUAUUAGCUGUACCAAAAGGUUACAUUAAGAACAUGAAUGAACUUUCCCCAUAAAAUUCUCCCAGACACUCCCCUCAAAAUCUCCUUUUGUUUUGAAUGCCGUACUUUGGGUAGUUAGGUCUUUACUCUUUCAUUUAAGCAUUUUCCUCCCCUUCUGACUUUUGUCUUAAAACACACACUGAAGUUUUUCACUGAAACACACAGCACUGGAGGCAGCAAUAUGCUAAAGAUAUUUUUUAUUCACAAUUUAUGUGACAAUGUUAAAGGGAUGUUUUCCCUUCUCUUUUGAUUUGACAUUUUACUGUGUUAUAUAAAGUUUAUAGGGGGUCAUUUUCUAGCCCAGGCUUCCAGUGCUUCUUGAAUGGAACAGCAGUUUCUCAGAAUCAGUAAGUUUUGACUUUCAGAUGCUUCCAAGAGAAACCACAGAUUUUUGGCUUGUUCCCUGCCUGACUAGAACAUAACAGGAAAUAAACAUCUGCCAUGGUCUCCAUAAAGAUUACCGUCUGUAGCCUGCCUGCAGUAAGGAUGGGUAAGCUUCCUUUUGGUUUCAUGCACAUUAGUGGAAUGAGAGUGGAGGUGUUUUCUUGUUUUUGUUUUAUUUUUAAGCACAAAAGUCUUUCUUGUUAAGGGUGUAUUAAAGCCCACUUUUAAGUACAUAUUUCAUAGCCUGGGCCAUUUUUCUGUGUGUGUCUAAAGGGCAUUAUGGUGGAAACCAAAGUAAACAUUGGUAUUUAGAUGCCAAUAGCUAUUAAUGCUUUUUCUCUCCUUUUAUUGAUGGGAGGAGGCUGAUAGGAUUUAUAAGGGACUUAAGGUAUCCUGGCCAAGUCCUAUGUCAGACAAUUUGGGGCUCAUUUUUAGAAAUCUGUUCUGGAGUCAGAUCUCGCCUCAGCUGCCUCUGAUUCCUUUUGUAUUCCUGUUCCUGUUCAGGCACAAGCCUUAAGAGAUGCUUUUACUCUCUCUGUCAGAGCUUAAUUUCUGAUGAGUCUGAACCUUUCCUGGGGCAGAUGGGCUCAGCUGGUAAGGAAAGGCUGUGGUCUGCCCUAGAUGAAUAGGGAAGUCCACUCCCUGGGCAUCAUUCCAGGCAGCUGCCUGCUCCUUAGGGACUGCUGUGAAGGUUGUUGUCACCCUGGUUGGUGCACAUCAUUGUCUUAUUUCCAGGCCCUCUGAGCCUUGUGUCCCAUCCCACUCUGGGACUCCCCGUGAUUCCUGGUUGGAGCUGGAAAGAUUGCCUGAAGUAGAUGGAUUGGAUUGAGUAAAAUCAACCAGUAGUAUUUUUGGAGUGCAGUUCCCUUUUUCUGUCUUUUUGUAAAGCAUUUCAGCCCUCUGACUGGAUGGACCACACUACAGCUUGAUAUAAUUUAAACCUCACCAAAACUCCAACAUGGCUUAAUGGGAUUCAGUUUUAGGGUUGGGUUUUUGAAAGUCCUGGUCUGCAACAGUUCUAAUUCUUAAACCUCUCCCUCCCAGUGAGGUCCAGAUGGACCUCCAGAAAAGUAGAGUUGGAGAGGGGGCUUAACCCCCUCAGCUCCAACAGGGGUCACCCCAUCACUACCUAGCUCCUGCCUCUUCUGGUAAGUUGAAAACGUUUCUAGUUCUUGUAGCAGAGACACUAAGAAAAUCCAUACCUGCUUGUCCCAAUUCUCUUCUCUCUUAUUUGUUCCAUAUGUUUUCUAAGACCCUGCCGGUGUGCAAGUUGGGUACCAAUUCAAAACCUCAGCCCAAAAACUCUUUCACAAGUUAAAGAUGUUCUAGCGCUACAUGAAGUUCACUUAAAGUUUUUCCAACCUCACAAAUCAUUGCUUAUUUAAGAAACCCACCUCUACUAAACUUUUUUUUAAUUUUGUGAAACCUGAACAUCUCUUGCUAGAAGGUCACACUUGAUAUUAUGGUAAAUGCUGUAGAUUGGAACUCAGCACAUAUUUAAUGCUCAUUUGUUCAAAUCUUUCCCCACAGUGUGCUAUUUUCAUUCCAGAUAUUUUCCCCACAGUCGAGAGAGAAGUAAUAUGUGCCUGAAACCCUAUUUUAAAGCAAUCAGUCCUCUUUCCUUUUUUUAAGUAUAGUCCUCCAUCAUGUUCUGGCAAUACAGCAAGUCCAGAUUAUAAAACUCUGGUCAGUUUUGAUUGUAUACAACAAAAAUUAAUGCUGCAUCAGCUUUCAUUUUUCCAAAUGUAGAUAUACAGUGCAGAGGGAGGGAUUUUUACAUCCAGUCCUUUCAUCUGGCUUCAAUAGUUCACAUACUUGGACCAAUGCUUUUCUACCAAGAAAGGUUUCAAAAUUUUAUUUUAGAAACUCAAAUCUAAGGACAAGUUAAACUACAUAUAAGGAAGAAAGGUAAGGUAGCUUCAAACAUGUUAAGAAUGAUAGUAAAAGUAUUAUAAUUCCUGUUGGUUGCAUUUCUCCCUUGAGUGCUUUACUUAAAACUGUUUAUUUUUAAUAGUACUG